CUGCUCCAUGCUCCACCCCUGGUGUUCCUGCUUUCCAGGUCUUUGUCCCCGGAACUUGCACUCACUCCUGGGUGUCCACUAGGGUUUUCUGCUCGCAUCUGGAUCCCAGUACGACUAGCAUACAGUCCAGAGUCCUGUCCUACAGAAACCACGGCCUCUCCAGGUUUGGAAAGAAAGCAAGAAAAGAAAGGAAGAAAGAAGAGAAAACACCUUCCCGGCAACUUUCCACCGUCUCCUCUCCUCCCGUGGUUUACACUUUCGUCGAAGCUGUGAAGCAGCAGUGUGUUUCUGAGAUUCCUGCCUGCAGUUUGAAAAAGUUUUUACGUGUUUUAAAACUGUUGUUUCGUUGCUUUUUCGUGUUUUUUCGAUCGAGUCUGGCACUCGAUAUUUAUCACACACACCCGUGCUUUUAAGCGGACGACGUGUGGACAGUGUUUAAGGUCGUUUUCGGUGUUUUUUCCUGCCUCAAAGUUUCAGAGGUGGCCUCAGAGCUGCUGCUGUGAAUGAAGUAUCUGUUGAGCUGAAGAAAUCAGCGCGUCUCCAUGAGGAAACUCAGCGUGGGAGUCGCUCAAACUUUGUCCUAGCUUACACACACACACCUGGGCGAUAAUAUAGAUAGCUUAGUUUUAUACUUUUUUUGUGCUGGUAACUUUGUAGUUUGCUUUAAACGGACAUAAAAUGAAGACGCUGUUGGUGUUGUGUGUGGUUUGCACGCUGGUUGUGUUGUCUGUGGCGGUGACUGCGGAGCAAAAGUUGAAAAACUGCAACGACGUCCGUGCUGCUUACAGCUCCAAAGGCUUCAACGUCAACGAUGUCCCCAACAAAGGAGUCAACGGAGCCCCCCUAAAAGUGUGUCCGCAGGGUUUCUCCUGCUGCACAGUGGAGAUGGAGGAGAAGCUGAGCCAGCAGAGCCACACGGAGAUCAAAGCUCCCGUCUCCAGGCUUAGCACUAACCUACAAUCCACCUUCAGACAGAGGCACAACCACUUUGACAAGUUUUUCCGUGAGCUUUUGAAAAAUGCAGAGGUCUCGCUGCACAACAUGUUUGUGCGAACGUAUGGGAUGAUGUACGUGCAAAACGCAGAACUGUUCAAGAACUUCUUUGCGGCCCUAACUCGGUACUAUGUGUCGGGCAGCGCUGCCGUCAACCUGGACUCUAUGCUGGCAGACUUCUGGGCCGACCUCCUGGAGAGGAUGUUUCGGCUGGUCAACGUGCAGUACGAAUUCAGCGACGCCUAUAUGGAGUGUGUCAGCCGGCACACGGAGCAGCUGCAGCCCUUCGGCGAUGUGCCUCGCAAGCUCCGCAUCCAGCUGACACGGGCUUUUGUUGCUGCACGCACCUUCGUGCGCGGCCUGACACUCAUGCCGGAGGUGGUCAAUAAAGUUUCUACGGUCAGUGCCUCUCCCAGCUGUGUGCGAGCGGCCAUGAAGAUGUUGUACUGUCCCUACUGCUCGGGCCAAGUGGCCCUGAAACCCUGCCAGAAUUACUGUCUGAAUGUGUUGCGUGGGUGUUUGGCCAACCAGGCUGACUUGGACACGGAAUGGAACAACUUCCUUGAUGCCAUGCUUAGUCUAGCAGAGAGGCUCGAAGGUCCCUUUAAUUUUGAGUCGGUCAUGGAUCCCAUCGACGUGAAGAUUUCAGAUGCCAUCAUGAACAUGCAGGAGAACAGCAUGCAAGUGUCGCAGAAAGUUUUCCAGGGAUGUGGGCAGCCUAAACCAAGCAUGGCCUUCCGUUCCAAGCGCUCCAUCAAAGAUACAGGCUUUAACGGCCGCUUCCGCCCUUACAGUCCCGAUGCUAGGCCCACUACUGCUGCCGGGACGAGUUUAGAUCGACUGACAAGUGAUGUGAAGAAGAAGCUGAAACAUGCAAAGAAGUUCUGGUCCACAUUGCCAGAGACAGUGUGUGCAGGGGAAAGGAUCGCACCUGGGGACGAGUGCUGGAACGGAACAGCAAAAAGCAGAUACGAGUCAGUUGUCAUUGGCAAUGGCCUGGCCAAUCAGGUAUCAAACCCUGACGUGGACGUGGACAUCACAAAGCCCGACAUUGUGAUUCGCAGUCAGAUCGCAGUUUUGAAGGAAAUGACAAGCUGGCUCAAAGCUGCGCACAGCGGCAAUGACAUCUCUGUCGAUAACGGUGAGGAUGAUGACGAUGGCAGUGGAGGAGAGGAGAGCGGCAGCGGUUGUGACUCUCCGUCCUGCGACACAGACCAGGACAUCUACUUCUCCACUCCGCCGAACCCUGGCAAUCCUAGGGUCAAUCAAGUGGUGGUGGGCGAAGGUCCUUCGGGCGGGGGGGUUGUCUCACAGGGAAGCAUGGCGCUGGCGCUCUGCGGGCUGGCCCUGGCCCUGCUGGCUCCCCACUUGAGAUAAAACUUGGCUGGGCAGGAAGAGGAAGAGAACGAUCAGGAAUGACGGAGCGAAGGGGAAAACUGUCAGAGAGACUUUAAAAAGACUGCCUUCAGGACCUUGGACUGUCCGCCAUUGGGAGGGGGGGGGACUCUUCUUAAUAUUACAAUAACUUCACUUUUAAUUAUUUGUUUGUAUGUUUUUAAGGACAUCAGUGUACAGCAAUAUGAUUUUCUUCCCCAGAAAUCCCCCUUUUUCCCUCCAGAUAAACCUUUACUCCUUAUGGCUCUUUUGGAGCUACACUAUGGUUCUGCUUGCAGCAUUACAAACAUCAUAUAAUUGUCUUGUUUUGGCAAUUUAAUCUCAUAAUACAUAUUUGUGCCUUCUUCAAUGAUUGCCAUCUGAUAUCUUAAUAGUAACCAAGAUGUUUGGUUGAACAUUGAGUGCCUGUGGUGGGACAUAUCUUCAUAUUUCUGAGGAUGUUCUGUCUCUCCAAAAUUCAGAGAUCAACUAAUCACGAAACAAUAUGAAUAUUAACCAUUCAUGACAAUAAUUUUUAUGUGCAUACUGUGAACGUUUGAGUCCGUGCAUUUAUACAUUUACACACAACAGCCAGUCAGAAAUGAUGAAGCUAGCUGUUGAUCUCUUUGGAGAGGCGAUAAAAAUCUUGUCAAGUCUCAGAAAUACAGCGAGAGAAGUUGCAGCACAGGUGUUUAUAUUUGACCUGGGGAUGGAACCAUUAUUUGAAGAGCUUUCAGGGCAUAUGCAUAUUGUAUGUCUGCUAUGAGCAUUAUCACAACCUAACUUUUUAAUUUCCUUCAUUAAUUUUUUUUAAUUUAAUUUCUUCGGCUGAAACAGUUCAAUAGUAAGGUCAUACCUCAUGCAUGCUCUCAUUGCCAAUGCAAUCUAGUGAUGUUGAGUUGAAAGUGUCUGAUAGAGUUGAGAUAUGUGGCUGGCGUCCUGGUGAAAGGUAACUGGUGAGGAAGGAGAAGGACUCCCCUGGCAUUAACCCUAAAGAAGGCAAAGCUGACAAGUCCUGAAUGCCCUUUUUUGGUAUUGUAAGCGCAGUUCAGCACAGAGGAUCUGACUCUAUACAGUCUUACUUUGUUUGAAAAAGAGAAGGUGGCGACAUGUAUGUUCAGAGCGUUUCACAUUAAACUAGAGAAGAGGAACAAAAGACAGUGCUUUGAUCAAAUGAAAUCAAGAAAAGAUUAUUUUAAUACAGGGUUUUAUGUUGAAAGAGGUGUUGUAAUUUUUAGCUAUUUUUGGUAUGAAGAUAUAUAUUAGGUACUACAGUGGAUUGUACUGCUAGUAUUAGGUGGUGGAAGAGGACAGUGUGCACAGAUAUCGGGGGGCACUUUUGGUCAGUGUGCAGUUUUUU